AACUACAAGAAUGAAAUGGAGAUAAUGCGGUUUGUGCUUGUACAUGCGGUCUGCCACGGAGCGUGGAGUUGGUACAAGGUGAAAACACAGCUAGAAGCUGCAGGUCACUGUGUGACUGCAGUGGAUCUGGCUGCAUCAGGUCGAAACAUGACCAGGUUGGAAGAUGUUCAGACAUUGAUGGAUUACUCCAAACCGUUACUUGAGUAUCUGAGCUCUCUUGGUCAAGAUGACGAGAAGGUGAUUCUUGUUGCGCAUAGCAUGGGAGGAAUACCCGCUGCACUUGCUGCCGACAUCUUCCCUUGUAAGAUUGCUGCUAUGGUAUUUGUGGCAGCUUUCAUGCCGGACACAAGAAACCCACCUGCUUACGUUUUCGAAAAGCUGAUGAGAAGCACUCCGCGAGAGGAAUGGUUGGACACCCUGUUUGGGAGGUACGGGAAUCCAGAAUGUCCUCUAGAGUCUAUUCUUUUGGGACCAAAGUUCAUGGCCAAGAAAGUGUAUCAACAGUCUCCGGUAGAAGAUCUUGUAUUGGCGAAAUUGUUGGUAAGGGUGAACCCGGUGGUUACGACCAAUCUGACAGGGACAAGAAGUUUUACUGAGGGAGGGUAUGGAUCGGUUACACGUAUUUAUAUCAUAUGUGGAGAGGAUAAUAUAUUACCUGAGGAAUACCAACGUUGGAUGAUCAGUAACUUUCAAGUGAAAGAAGUAAUGGAGAUCCAAGAUGCAGAUCAUAUGGCAAUGUCUUCCAGGCCUAAAGAACUAUGUGCUCUUCUCUUGGAGAUUGCAGAUGAAUACGCCUAAGUAAACCUGAGAUUGUCACUGCAAAUAAAUAACCAACUUCAGCUUCCACCACAACAACCAACCAUAUGAGAAUAAAGAUUCAUAAGAACAAACGAUUAAAGAUUCAUGUAAGACCUGUAUGCAAGAAUGGUAAUGAAUACUGUAAUGACCUUUAAAGAAAUUACAAAGCGUCUUGAUUU